AUGUCUUUGGAAGAGGUCUGGCGCUCUGCAGCUGGGAGCCCCUUCUAUCCAACUGUUUCGACUAAUUCCCAGCUUCUCCCGGCUAUAGUACUUUUGCUGGCAGAUCGCUCCGCCCUAAACAUUGCAAUCCUCGGAGUUCCAGCCUCAUUGGCCUUUGGGUUUGGCUCCGUAUUUAUGAUCUGUGCAGUGGGGGUAAAGCUGGCCUGCCCAACCGCUAUCAACAAGCUAGUCUUCUAUUCCCUUUGCUUGCCAGCAGCCGCCUCAAUGGAUACCAGCAGUGCCCCUGUACUCUCAGCGGUUUCGACCUCUGCAGAGCAGCUCUAUACCCUUCUUAAAUGUAUUGGCUUUUCUCGCCAAGCAUCUGUUCAAAUAACCCCCCAGGGGAUCCGAUUCUCAGUUGAGGAAGGAAGAGUACUGCAAGGGCUUGCUUUUCUAGACAAAGCGCUCUUCACAAGCUACAUUUUCAAUGUUAGAAAUGUCUACAAUGGCGUUACCCAACCUGAAGAAGACGGCGACUUUUUUGACACGUCGCUAUAUCCCAGGUUUACUAUUUCUCUCUCUGCCCUCCUAGAAACUCUCCAGAUCUUCGGGAUCAGCGAUUCAUCCCAAGGCACAAAUCAAAUGAUCAAUACAGCCAACACCCAAAGCAUAAACGCAUUUUCAACCCCCGCGUUAGGCAUGAGUCGUUCUUGUACUAUCGGCUACCGUCGAAAGGGGUCCCCACUUUGCAUAACGCUUGCUGAAGCAGGAGUUACCACAACAUGCGAGUUAACCACCUAUGAGCUCGAGGAUUCUUCCCUGGACUCUACACCAGGGGAAUUCGAUAUUCCCCUUCAACGUGAUGCCAUCGUCUUCAAAAUCAUCAUGCGCUCCACAUGGCUCCAUAACGCAAUCAUAGAGUUGGACUCGACCUCUCCCACCGUUUUAUCCCUCUCUGCAUCUCCAAACAAGGCACCUUAUUUUGCACUAUCCGGCUCUGGAGGGCCAUUCAGCGAAUCAAUUGUUGAAUUUGCAAUUGAUAAGGAAUCAGAUGUUGUUGACCAUGCAUACAAAUCGUUCAAUGAGGAUGGAAGUUCCAGACAGCCUAGAAGAGGCAAGCUCGCACCCACCGUCACAGAAACCUUCCUUGUUGAACCACCAACUUCAAAGUCACGGAUCAAGCAGCGAUACCGGUUUUCUCUUGUGCGAAAGGCACUAGGGGCCAUGGGAACAUCUAGUAAAGUAAGUAUCCGGGGCGAUAAGCAAGGCAUCUUAAGUCUCCAGUUUAUGAUUGAACUAGGUGACAGAGGUAAUGCAGACGCGGCAGGUCCAUCUAUCCAAAAUGCCACUCGAACUGCGACGGGAAAUGUUAGUUUUAUUGAUUUUCGGUUCGUGCCAUUACUUGAUGAGGAUGAGGAAAAUGAAGGCUCUACGUGCCUAUCAGCUUCGGAUAAAACAGUGAUAUCCUUGAAACCGGGAGCAGCAGGUCAAGGUGGAAAGUGUCAGUAUGGUUUUGGAAAUACAAUCCUUAGAUCAACAAGCAACAUGGAAAAUGAAGUGACGUAG